AUGCGCAAGCUGGCACCACUAGCUUCCUCAACCCUGGCGCCGUCACCUAUUUUCACUUUUGCCGCUACCGCUGUACUCCCUUCACCAAUUUCUACAUCUAUCUCAUCGUCGUCUUCUACUCGGUGGGUACGAAGGUUACACCAUAUACAAAGGAAUUAUAGAGAAAGAAAUUUGUUAUUUAAUCGAAUGGUACAAGCAGGAGUGAAUAGUAGUAAUGACAGUAGCGGCAGUCAAGACACUAACGAAAAUAAUACCUCAAUAAUCUCUACAACAACACAAAUAAAUUCCUCAACGUCUUCCACAACAAAUUCACAAUUGCAAGACGAUGAACAAAGUAUACGUACUAGAAGUAAAGCAGUUUGUAAAUUAAAUUGUACAUAUUGUGAGUCAAGAGCUAUGCUUCUAGCAGAUACUAGAGUUGAACUUUACUCUACAGAUGUACCGCCAUUAUCGGUACAAUUGGUUGGCGAAGACUAUUUAACACAAAAUUGCCAUUGUAAAAUCCGAGAUGUGGCAUGCCUGACUUGUGGAAAUGUUCUUGGAUAUCAUAUCACUCAACCAUGUCAACAAUGCAUGGAUGCUUGUAAUAAUGGACACCUCUGGAUGUUUCACACUGAGGAAGUUACGAGUGAAGAGCGAUUGGACUUUAACGCAGAAGAUGAUGUCGAGAUUGUGGAUACGGUAGAAGAUGAAUACGAACAAU